ACCCCUCCAAAAGCCAACCUCAAGACUCCAACUUAUUAGAGACAGUGAGAGAGAUAGAGUGAGAGAAAGCCAUGGAAAAAGCCAUUAUCCUCUCCUUCCUCCUCGUCUCCCUCCUCUCCUCCUCCCACGCCGCCGACUUCUGCGUCGCUGACCUCACCGCCGCCCCCACCCCUCCGGCUACCCCUGCAGAAGAAUCAGCCCUCACCGCCGACGACUUCGUGUUCACCGGCCUCGGCAUGGCCGGAAACACCUCCAACAUAAUCAAGGCCGCCGUUACUCCGGCGUUUGUGGGGCAGUUCCCGGCCACCAACGGCCUUGGGAUCUCUGCCGGCCGUCUCGACCUUGCCAAAGGUGGGGUUAUUCCGUUUCACACUCAUCCCGGGGCCAGUGAGGUCCUUAUAGUGACUCAGGGGUCUAUUUGUGCCGGAUUUGUGACUUCGAGUAAUAAGGUUUAUACUAAGACGUUGAAGAAGGGGGAUUCUAUGAUUUUCCCUCAAGGAUUGCUUCAUUUUCAGUUAAAUGCAGCGGGCGUGACAUCAGUCGCCAUAGUGAGCUUCAGCAGCCCGGAGCCAGGGCUGCAGAUCCUAGACUUCGCUCUCUUCGGCAACAACCUCAAGACUGCAUUGAUCGAGGCCGUCACUUUCCUCGAUGCAGCCACCAUCAAGAAGCUCAAGGGUGUCCUCGGCGGCACCAUGUGAUCUGCCAUGCAUGGGGGGGGUCUCGUCAGGGUUUCCGAGUUCUUGUUUGUGUUUCCAUAGAUUUUGUGUUCGGAGCAAUUAAUGGUGGUAUUUGUUUUCUCAAUAUAUGUUGUAUGUUAUUUGGUGUUUGGUUUUUCUUAGGCGACUAUGUUUAUUGGGACUCAAGGUUUAAUUAAUUUGAAUUGGUUGUUAGUUAAAUGUUUGAUUUCAA